AUGUCAUCUAUUUUUAUCAGCAUGCCACUUUCUUCUGAAGAAGUUCAGCUUCAAACACUGGACACCAAAGAAAAAGGUAUUCCCAUUUCCUCUUCUCAAUCGGAAACUGCUACCUCUAUCCAUCCACAGCCAUCAAAUUGGUACCCUCAACCAAUGCCAGAAGGCCAUGAACCCCAAGAAGCAAACAACCAAUCUGGCAUCAAAGCGUUCAAGGUCAAGAGGUUUGACUCUUUCAAAACAUGGUCUGGGAGACUUGAAAGAAAGCUAUUAUUUCUACGACGAAAGCGACCGAGAAAAACUUCAGAAGAUGGUAGCAACAUCUCCAGGAACCCUGAUUGCCCUUUACCUGUUGAUCGGUAUUUCGGUGCAUUGGAAGGUCCAGAGUUAGAAACUCUCAGGGCUUCAGAAGAGACAGUGCUUCCUCAGGACAUGCAAUGGCCAUUUCUUCUUAGGAUCCCAAUUGCCUCUUUUGGCAUUUGCCUAGGUGUAGGUAGCCAAGCAAUUCUUUGGAAAGUAAUAGCCACAUCUACUUCCACUAAAUAUCUUCACAUAAGCCUCAAAGUUAACUUAGUCUUCUGGAUCAUAUCCAUUGCUCUUCUUGCCACACUUUUCACCAUCUAUCUUCUCAAAAUCAUUCUCUACUUUGAAGCAGUUCGUCGUGAGUACUACCAUCCAAUCCGUGUUAACUUCUUCUUUGCACCGUGGAUAUCUCUCUUGUUCUUGGCUAUUGGAGUUCCCCCAUCAGUUGCCAAAGAAUUGCCCCAUGCUCUCUGGUACAUUCUAAUGACACCAAUAUUCUGCCUUGAACUUAAGAUCUAUGGACAAUGGAUGUCCGGGUGCCAAAGGAGGCUCUCAAAGGUUGCCAAUCCGACAAACCAUUUAUCAAUUGUUGGAAAUUUUGUGGGGGCCUUACUUGGGGCUUCUAUGGGCCUAACAGAAGGGCCCAUUUUCUUCUAUGCUGUUGGGCUGGCCCACUACAUAGUCCUCUUUGUGACUCUCUAUCAGAGACUCCCAACAAAUGAGACCCUCCCAAAAGAGCUUUCUUUUUGCUAUCCGGAUAAACUUUUUCAGAGGAUUCACGUAGAUUCUCGCUUGCAUGUUUCAAAGACAAUAUUUGGUUUUCUUACUCUCAUCUCCACGCUCAUAGUAACGGCACUGCUUGUGUCAACUAUAUUGCAUGCCUUUGUCUAUAAAGACCUCUUCCCCAAUGACCUUGCCAUUGCCAUAAGUUCUAGAAAGAGAAGGCCACAAAAGAAGUGGCUAGCUCUUAACGGGAGCCAUGGUCAUUCCAGAGAGAUCGAAAAUUACUUGAAGUUUGCGAACUCUGAUAAAAUUGAUUUAGAAGCUUCUACCCCAAUACCCAAUGGCACAGAAGAUUCACCAUCUAGUUGA